CGUCAUUGAAUCUCGCCCAGUCAUAUUAUAGGCGAGAAAUUCCCGGAGAAAAAAAACCAAGCCGAGCUAAAGAAAAAAAAAAAGCAGCCAGCAGCAGCAGCGCGGCCGGAGCGAGCCGGCUGUCCUCGCUUCAUGCGGAGACAUUUUCUCUUCUUUUCUUUCUUCUUUUUUUAAACCCGGCGAUAAACAAAGGAGAUGAGGGGACUCCUGCCGUUUUGCCGGGGCCUGUACAGCCUGAGUAACCGUCAAGCCAGACGAAAAACUGGGAUUGUCGGUUCUCGGUGCGGGUUUUGCGGAACUCAGUCGAAUAGCAAGCCGCAGCCCAACUUUGGGCUGCUGUUCGACAUAGAUGGCGUCCUUGUACGGGGGAGGAUGCCAAUCCCUGCGGCAAAAAAGGCAUUUGAGAAGCUGGUCGACUCUCAGGGACGGUUUGUUGUGCCAGUUGUUUUUGUCACAAAUGCAGGGAACUGCCUCCGACAAACUAAAGCAGACCAGCUCUCUCACAUUUUGGGAGUACCUAUUACGCUGGAUCAAGUCAUCUUGUCCCACAGUCCCCUGAGAAUGUUUAGGAAGUUUCAUGACAAAUGUGUGCUGGUGUCAGGACAAGGACCCGUCUUGGAAAUCGCGAAAAAUUUGGGCUUCAACAACGUGGUCAGUAUUGAUAUGCUGAGGGAGUCAUUCCCACUGCUGGACAUGGUGGAUCACAACAGAAGACCCAAACUGCCGUCUAAUCCUGUUGGAAACCUGCCUAAAGUUGAAGCUGUGGUUCUGUUUGGUGAGCCGAUUCGAUGGGAGACCAACCUGCAGCUGAUAAUUGACAUUUUGUUGACCAAUGGGAACCUCAGCAGUGUUCACCAAACCCAGAAGAGGCCUCACCUCCCCCUGCUGGCCUGCAACAUGGACCUCAUGUGGAUGGCAGAGGCACAAUCUCCAAGGUUUGGCCAUGGGACAUUUCUUGUGUGCCUAGAGAACAUCUAUAAGAAGAUAACAGGUCAAGACCUGAAGUACGACACUCUCAUGGGGAAACCCAGUGAGUUGACAUAUCACUUUGCAGAGUACCUCAUCAGAAGUCAGGCCAUGCAGAGGGAGUGGAAACUUCCCAUCACUUCUCUGUAUGCGAUCGGGGAUAACCUUAUGACUGACAUCUAUGGCGCAAACCUAUACAACCGCUACCUGGAGGAGAGAGUUGCCCGAAAGAACCCUAAAGCCAUUGCUAAGGUGGCUGCUGCCACAGGUUCCACCACUGCCGUACCUCAGGAGGAGGAGACUGACAACAUGUGGGAGAGCGAGCUGGCACUGCCCUCUGCUACAUCAUGUAAGUCUGUGCUGGUCUGCACUGGGGUCUACAACCCCAAAGCAGAGGUGCCGACUGAUGCGAACCACUGCAUCAAAGAGACUGUGUUUCACGGGCACCGGGACUUCAGAUUUGACCCCGGGCUGGUAGAGCCGGGGCACAUUGUGAAGGAUGUGGCAGACGCUGUUGACCUCAUCUUUGAGCGGGAGAAGUUUGUGCCUAAGUCGAAGUGUUGAGCCGGUAUGUUUUCUGUGUGGAUUUCCUCUGAGGUCACACUCGGGAUGGGCAGUUCAGAUACUGUUUAAUGUCUUACCACUGUUCUCCACGUUGUUGGUCAUUUAAAUACAGUCAACUUAACAAGAUAUCACUGUAACACUUCUUGAUUAAUCAGCAGCUGAUCAGACAUUGAACAGUGAAACAUGACAACCCAUUAGCUUACAUUAGAUACCAGCUAGCUUAUAUUUCCUCCAUCUAGAAUAUUUUUCUUAUUUCUUAUCUUAUUUUGUUAUAUUAUCAAACAGUUACAGGAGCAGUCAGCCAGGUCCUAGCUAACUUUAGCUAAUGUUAGCCUCAAUUUUUUUGUCUUCGACAUAGCUCCUCACAACAGAUGUGUUGUCACUGACAUAUCUGAAUGCGGCCGUUGACUGUGUUUGUUUGUUUGUUUUAGAGGUAGGCUUCAAAACAGAAUUAUGCUUCUGGGUUAAAAAAAAGUUGUUUGAAUCUUGAAACUUUAGCUAAGUUAGCUACAUUUUAAACUACAUUUAGCUAAAAAAGUGGAUGGAUGCUAAAGCUAGCGAGUGAACACAUUUGUUGCAUACGUUAUUGUGUGUUAUUUGUUACAUGGCAGAAUUUAAGCUCCCCAACCUGAGUGUGACAACAGUAUAAAACGGCCACGAUUUACAUAAGGUCAUGGAGGUUCAAGUAAAGAUGAGGGUGGAGUUAUAAACUGUACACACCACUUAAUGGGCAAACUUGGAAGAGCCUAACACUGUGGACCAUGUUGAAACACCUGAUAGGGCAUUGAAACAAUAUGAAACAUCUUUACUUCUAACUUUGAGACGACCCUUUGAGAAAUCUAAUCAUGUAACUGUACUGUCUACUGCUCUUUUGUAUUGUUUUCGUGGUAGUCUUAAACUUCCUGUUUUUCAUUGAGGAAAGUGUCAGAACUGCCUUAUUUGACCCUGCUCAGUAUUUUUUUAGACAAUAGUAACAUUGUAGAGAACUAAAAAUCCUGUAACCAUCCUAUAUUUAUUACAAGAAUUUACCAGUGUUUUUAAGACGGAUACAGAUACAUCGGACCUUUGUUCUCAAGGUGACUUUUUAUUACAUUGGUAUUCAUUUGUUUACCCAUUUUAUUCCAGAACAACUAUGCAUGAAUAUGAGAGUAAAACAUGUGCUGUAAAAAAACAACCGCUUGAUGUGCAAUAUUGUCCUCUUAUAGUACUGUCUGUAUUUUGUCAAGCUGUGGGAGUCUUGAUAAGUAUUUGCACAGAUCAGACUUUCAUCCUGUUAAAUGUUACUAUGUUCCCUCUAACCUGCCAUAAACUGUUGUUGAACUGUAGAGAUUUUGUUCUUUUUUAAACUUUAUUCCAGAAGCAAAAAGCUAACUAGACAAUUUUAAGACUCAUGCACAAAAGCCAAUCAAAAGAUUUUGCACCCCCUUGUUGCCAUAUUUGACCAGUUGUGUUAGUUCUCUCAUUGUAAAUACCUUAAGAAAAUAUAAGAAGUUACACAAAGUU